AUGGUAGAUCCGAAUUCGUUAGCUGUCAUCAUACCCGUAGAUCAAGAUCCCAGAGAUGUUUCGAGAGAGCGUUUUGUUUCGCUUCUUGAGUAUUGCGAGGAGGAGCUCGGUCUUGAUCGAGUCUUAGCUGUAUUCGAAAAGCCAGGGCUAUCCCUGUCAGAAGGAUUUCCUCGCACUCUUCGGUAUGUCGGUUUCCGUCUUCUUCCGCCCGACUCGAUUCCAGACGUUCUGGCAAAAGACAAUUAUUUUGUAAUGAGCUAUUCUGUCUAG